GCACGCCAGCUGCGACUGCUACCUUGAAGAGGCCAACGGCGGUCGCACCGGCGGUCUCAACAGCUUCGAGGCACUCGGUGGCGGCCAGUCGAGCCACAGUCCCACCGUCAAGACUGGCUACGACAAAGUCCGAGGUGCUUGGGUCCAGGUUCUCGGACAACCGAAGCAGUUCACCAACGAUAUACAUUCAGACGGGGACGGAAAUCUUGUUGGAGUCUUUGGCGAGGCCGAGGUCGUCAUCGACAAUUUCACGAUGGCCAAAGUCGAGAGCCUCAAGAAGAAGAAGGAUCUCUUCGCCAAACAACGUCCAGCUGCUGCGGGCAACUCCAGGGGAAAACUAUUAUGUGGCCAGUGGGGGUCCAAUGAAGUGACGGUGAGAAUCACAACAGAACGGAUCAACGGCGUCAACAAGACUGGCAAGUUGGCGCGCAUCUACGUGGACGGCAGCACGAAGGCAUCUGUACCGCUUAGGACUGAGGAACUGGCCAAGCAGUGCACUGACUUAGCUAUCGCGAUGGCUCGUAAGCUGUGUGCUGGUAAGUUUCAGGAUACGGAUGAGCUCAAG